UUCGGGGCCCGUCUGCACGCAAUGGCUGGGCUGGGGUUGCCGAAAUUUAGCCGAAAUGCAAACACCGUGCCGAGUCCAGGUGAUCUGAGCGACGUAGAACGUCUGGAGGACUUCCCGGAAGCGGACUUCAGAGGCAUGACGCUCUCGCUGAGCCAGGAAACGACCGACGCCGUCUCCCCGAUGCAGCCACCGGCUGACCAGCGCGGCGUCGAUGUUUCGUGCCUGGGCACCAGCCGUUGCCGAGCAGACGCAGGCAGCCUCGAUGGGAAUUCCGGGAGCACCGCCGAAAAUGCAUCCACUGCGUCGUCGUUGAGCAUUGCGCGGCAGUUUUCUCGGGAGCUGUCGGAGGAAGAGACCAAGGAGUACUUCUCAGUACGAGAAGGCGCUGUGGAAAAAGCGGCGGAACAGUGCAGCCCGGUGCUCAUGAAACACCUCGACGGCGAGCUCAGGGGUGUCUGGCUGCUCACAGAGAUUGAUCACUGGGACACGGAGAAGGAGCGGCUGCUCUUCCUGACAGACUACAGCCUGAUCAUACUCAAGUACGACUUCAUCACCCUCAAAUUGCUCGAGUACCGACGACUACACCUCAAGACGUUCGAUGUGGUGCAAGUGGGCCUGCUCACUUAUCCCAACAAGUCGUUCAUGCCGAAGCUCAGUUCCGUGAUGGACACGGUUCGGGAUCGGCUGGUGUCCCCGAGGCGUCGGCUCGGCACUGGCAUGGCCAAUGCUGCUGCACCCCCCGGCCAAGACGUGCUUGCAGGCUGCGGCGAUUUCGAGGCAGAGGAGGCAACGCCGCUCUUUCCUGCUCCUCCUCCUUCCUCUUCGCCUAACAGCCCUCGCAACCAGGAAGGUGUCCGUUGCAUCUGGGACCAAGGCAGUCAACUGCCUGUCCUCAAGGACUGGAACCCCUGGUGCCGCGAAAUCCCCUGGGUGACGUUCACGUCGCACCACCUGCGGGCCACCUCGAUGGGCAGCUCCCACCACGAUGUGGGCCUCUUCUCGCGCGCCCUGGUCGAGGCGGUGACGCAGCUGGACGCCUCGCAGGCGCCUCCCGCAUCGCUGGUGCGCUGCACCCCGUGCCGCGUCCUGUACGAGCCCAUCGUCGUGUGUAGCUACCUGGGCGUGGCAGCGGCCUUCCACAACACCACCCAGCUGGGCUUCUUCAAGGCGCGCGGAAAGGUCAGCUUCUGAGCUCCGCCCUUUUAUCUGCCCAACCGUUCUCCGCUCUGCCUGCGUCGCCGACAGAGCGGCGCCGGCGCAAUCAACGACGUGUACGGCGGUGCGGAUAACGGCUGCUGAGUGAGUGAAUGGAACUUUGUGUGUCAAGCCAGCACACGGUGUGCGGAUCUGAGCGUCUGGGUUUGGCCUCCAGUUGAGGGCAGUUUGACAAGCAUUCGUGCAGUGAAAGUGAACUGCUAAUUAUAUUCAAGCUGUUAAUCGUGAAACAGAAACUCCACGUUGAGGUUGUCGGAAGACAAGGAACUCGAGACAGAGGAACGGUUGGCACUACGUUAGCAACGGUGUUCAGAACAAAUGAUGACAAGAUGGGGCUGACCUGUAGUUUGACCAUCAAUGUUUCGUUACUCAUUCCUGCAUAUUCAGAAAAUUACAAAAAGUGAUGGCGGGUGGGUGUCAAACACAAACCAGGGUUGCCGAGAAUGCGCGAGUAAGUAGGUGAAUUUGGUUGUGAUUUCCAGCGAUUGAAGUGUAACCUGGGGUUUGGACAUUCGAGGAUUUCAAGUGCUGUCUGCAAAAAGAACGGGAUCAAGCAGCCGUUUCAAUUGCAUGGUAGACUGUAAAAGGGGUGAUAGUUGUCUUGAAGUCAGUUUUAAUUACCAAUCCACUUUGGAAGGUGUUUGGAUGCAUAUGUGCUGAAAUCCAAAGAGGCUGCUUGAAGCACUCGUAUAUGUUGAAUUUGGUGCGGGAUGUGCAUCUGUCAGGUGAUCUAUAAUUGGGAGAGUGGUCAGCAAUGAUGAGGUGCUGAAAAUUUUGCUAAAAAAUUGGCGUGAUGGAAGUCACUAAAGCUGUGUUGCUCAAGUUGGCCUGGAUUGUUGCCUCGAGAGUGUGUUUUUUUUUUAUUGGGGAAAAUGCAAAUCAUUGUGAACUCUACUCGUUUUUUAAAUUGCGAAGCCAUUUCUCAUUUCUUGUUCUCUGAUUGGAGGUUGAGUGAACGUAAUAUGGCUGAUGGGAAGUAGCUUGUCACAACUGGCAUAGUUGUGUAACAGAUGCUACGCUAGAGUACAGUCCGCGGGACUUUGCUUAUUGUGGAGAGGACAAAGGUACCCUUUUCAAGUUCUUUUUGGUACACACAGUACUGUUUGCUACCCACCAUUGUUUGCUCUCUGGGAUGUGGCCUAUCUGCAGGUGUCGUUAUAUCUGAAACAUUCCAAAAGAGAGGGCUUAGGAAAGGCAUGCUAAAGGAGUACUGACACAAAAAAAAUGAUAGUCUUUCCGUUGCAAUGAGUACCUAAUGGUUCACUUAUCACGGCUGGCAAUGUUUGCUCCAUUGCAUGAUAGUCAAUCAUGUGGAGCAGUUUUCGCAGUGACCAGUAGCAGCUUGGGCUUCAAAUAAUAACGAGGAAUGCUUGCCCAGGGCGGCUACAAUGUCAAAUGAAGUGGGCCGCAUAAUCACACAAAACUGACGUUUAAUGUGUCCGCAUGAGUGUCACAUUGAUAGUUUGUUUUGCUAUGCUUUUUAAUGUACUCAUCAUCAUUAUGGUCUUCGUAUUCGUCAUUCAGAAACGAUGAAGACUAAUCGCGAGUCCAGAGGUUCAGGGACUCACAAAUAGAGGCCGGAUUUUCAGGCAUUAAAAAAGCUCGUUUUAGGCGCCAAAAAUAGGCAGGCAAAAAAACGUUUUAGGAUUCCAAAGUCGUAAAUAUAGGCACAGUAAAUUUUCACAUAAAUGUGAAUAAUCUCAAACAAAAAUGUGCGCGACCUCUAUCCAUGACAAGAAAACAAAAAUGUUAUAGCUUAAGCCGGCACAAAGGCGCCAACAGUUGAACAUGGCCGUGCUUUGUCCCGCACGGUUCUCACGGUCUACAAGUGUCCGCUGUCGAUUCAACACACUCCUGGGUGUCUUCUCGGCAUGACUGAGAGGGGCAGAGCAGAAGCAGAUAGCUAGAUUGCUAAAAGACCAGAAGGAAAGAAUUCCUUC